CUGAGUUUCCUCCCAUCCACUGAGCUCCAGACCUGGCUGUUACUGACUUUUCAGAUGGUCUCUACAUCCAGGAGGUGGUUAUAGCAUGAACACUCAAGAGCUGGGCUUUGUUUUGAAUCCUGGAGUCCACAACUGAAGCAGAUGCUCUGCUACGUUUGACUGCUCCAGCCUCUACAGAGACACCAGUCUGCACCGAUGUGUCCUCUGUAGUCUAUCUGUAGUGGAAACAGCCAUGCCGACUGAAUCAGUCACUGAAGCGACUGCUAUACAGUUUCCCACACAGUCCGUGGAGAGUUCUGAUGGCCUGAUAUCUCAGCACAUAGAACAAGUGCCAUCCGCCGAGGGUCCACCAUCUGACAGCUGUAAGACGGCUGUUUCCCAGGCUUGCUGGGAAGUAAACGUGGCCUUUAUGCUUGUGGUUCUCGCCGGGUUCCUCAUCUUGGCUCUGUUUUACUGCGUCCUUCACCUGUGGCACAAACUGCGUUUGGCUCAGGCAGGAAAUGCUUUAGAGUACUUUGGAUUCUACCACAUGGCAAACUACAGCUUGAAACACCAACAUGAACCAACAAGUUUACCUUCAGUGAAUACUGAUCCCCCUGUUCAGGUGCCUCCUUGUUAUCCACCUCAAACUGUGGUUCCUGAAAAUAGUCAUCCGGUCAUCCCUCCACUCCUCCCUCCACCACCUCUACUUUCAUCUCGACCACCCUCCGCCGUGCCUCUGCCGCACCCCAUCAUCUACACUACCCCACCCAGUCCGCAGUCUGACGCAGAGGUAUAUUCCCGCAUAGGCACUCUGCGGCCCGCCAGGCACUCGAGCGUGAGUCAGACACAGGUGGUUCUCUUUGAACACUCGUCCCUGUGACCCCCUCGGAAAAGAACUCUGUCCUCUGAACACUCGUCCCUGUGACCCCCUCGGAAAAGAACUCUGUCCUCUGUCUCUUCCAUCACAGCAUUUGCUAAGAGACUGCCUUUCACAGUCUAGUGAUUCUGUCAACUUUCAUGUCAUGUUUUUUUUUUUUCUUGCAUCCUCGGAUGUAGCCUGUGGUACUACUCCAUCUCAUCCAUCUUCACAUGGGCAGAACAAUAUGUUGAGGCUGUUUUGACCGUUUAUAGUAUCAUUUUCAAUCUACAUGUAUUUGCUUCUUUAGAUUUGCACUAAAGCUAUGAAGGUUCUAACAGAUAACUUUCCAGUUUAGCACUGCCAUAUUAUAUUCCUUAAUAUCAUCACACUCACCUCAAACAGUUCUGAGACCACAUUUGUACUUUAGAGGAGAUAAUACAGAUAAUAUGUAGGGAAUAUGAGAUGUGCUUUUAUAGGAAAAUAAUGAAGGACAAUAUAGUAUAGGAUGAUAUGGACCGGGCGCACGGUGGCUUCCCACCGUGGCCCUGUGUGUGUGGAGUUUGCAUGUUCUCCCCAUGCUGCGGGGGUUUCCUCCGGGUACACCGGUUUCCUCCCCGAGUCCAAAGACAUGCCUGGUAGGAUAAUCUAAAGUGUCCGUAGUGUAUGAAUGGGUGUGUGAAUGUGAAUGUUUACGUGAGUGUGCCCUACGAUGGAUUGGCACCCCAUCCAGGGUGUACCGUGCCUUGUACCCCAUGAUCCCUGGGAUAGGCUCCAGGCUCCCCACGACCCAGUAGAAUAAGCGGUAUAGAAAAUGGAUGGAUGAUAUGGACCGAUGCAAAGUAAAUUAUUUUCCUGUAACAGCACAUCCCAGAGUGUUUUCUCCUCUUAUACCACAGCAAUUUGCAAACAACUGUAUUUUUGUAUUAAUUAACUUAUGUUACAGCAGCUAUAUGCAAGUGUUCUUUCACCAACCUCUCCCCCCCACCCCCCUCUCUUGUAGUUAAUAAGACAAAACAAAACCCACAGCUUUUACAGAUAAACUGCAAAGUGUAAACUCCUGUCCUGAAGAUUUUGACAUGGUGCACCUUCCAUAAAUAAAAAUCUCCUAAGAGAAAUCUCAA